CGGGGCGAGGCGGGGAGGGGGCCGGCCGGAGGCGGAGGCGCAGCCAGAGCCUGGAGGGAGGCAGCGGGGACAGUUUGUUGUGCUCGGAACAUGGCGGGCCUCGGCGACGCGGCCGCCCUGGGAGAAGGCGGCGGUGGCGGCGUGGACGGCCCGCAGAGGGACGGCCGCGGCGAGGCGGAGCAGCUGGGCGGCGGCGGCGGACAGGGGCCCCCGCCGGCGCCUCAGCACACGGAGACGCUGGGCUUCUACGAGAGCGACCGGCGGCGGGAGAGGCGCCGCGGCCGCACAGAGCUUUCAUUAUUGAGGUUCCUCAGUGCUGAACUAACAAGAGGGUACUUCCUUGAACAUAAUGAGGCCAAGUAUACAGAAAGAAGAGAAAGAGUAUACACUUGUUUGCGAAUACCAAGAGAAUUGGAAAAGCUGAUGGUUUUUGGAAUCUUUCUGUGCCUGGAUGCGUUUUUGUAUGUGUUCACCCUGCUUCCUUUAAGAGUUUUCCUGGCACUAUUCAGGCUCCUCACUUUGCCUUGCUAUGGCUUAAGGGACAGGCGUUUGCUUCAGCCUGCCCAGGUGUGUGACAUUUUGAAGGGUGUCAUUUUGGUAAUCUGCUAUUUUAUGAUGCACUAUGUUGACUACUCCAUGAUGUACCACCUGAUAAGGGGGCAGUCUGUCAUCAAGCUCUACAUCAUCUACAACAUGCUAGAGGUAGCUGAUCGUCUUUUUUCAUCAUUUGGACAAGAUAUCUUAGAUGCUCUCUAUUGGACAGCAACAGAGCCUAAAGAAAGAAAAAGAGCCCACAUUGGGGUGAUUCCUCACUUUUUCAUGGCUGUUCUCUAUGUCUUUUUGCAUGCGAUUCUUAUAAUGGUUCAAGCAACAACUCUUAAUGUAGCUUUUAACUCACACAACAAGUCUUUGCUUACUAUCAUGAUGUCUAAUAAUUUUGUUGAAAUUAAAGGAAGUGUUUUCAAGAAGUUUGAAAAGAACAAUCUCUUUCAAAUGUCAAAUAGCGAUAUUAAGGAACGAUUCACAAAUUAUGUGCUUUUACUGAUAGUGUGUCUAAGAAACAUGGAACAGUUUUCUUGGAAUCCAGAUCAUCUCUGGGUGUUGUUUCCAGAUGUCUGUAUGGUAAUUGCAUCAGAAAUUGCCGUGGAUAUUGUAAAACAUGCCUUUAUCACCAAAUUCAAUGACAUUACUGCAGAUGUCUACAGUGAAUACAGAGCCAGUCUUGCUUUUGACCUUGUUAGCAGCCGACAGAAAAAUGCAUAUACUGAUUACAGCGACUCUGUAGCACGGAGGAUGGGCUUUAUUCCUCUCCCACUAGCUGUUUUACUCAUCAGAGUUGUAACAAGCUCAAUUAAAGUGCAAGGAAUCCUGUCCUAUGCCUGUGUCAUACUCUUCUAUUUUGGGUUGAUAUCCCUGAAAGUACUUAAUAGCAUCGUGCUGUUGGGGAAAUCAUGCCAGUAUGUGAAGGAAGCCAAAAUGGAAGAGAAGCUGUCAAAUCCUCCCCCAAACAGCACUCCAGGAAAGCCGUCCAGUAAAUCACAGAGCAAAUGUAAACAUUCUCAAGGCCUUUCCACAGAAGAAAACCUGUCUGCCUCUGUCACCAACCAGCCUGUUCAUCAAAAGGAAAAUGUCACACCAUUACUUGUUACAAGCAAUUCAGAUCAGUUUUUGACAACUCCAGAUGGUGACGAGAAGGACAUAACACAGGACAAUUCUGAAUUAAAACACAGAUCCUCCAAGAAAGAUUUGUUAGAGAUAGACAGGUUCACAAUUUGCGGAAACCGAAUUGACUGAAUCUGUGGCUCCGUGUGCUGAAUCUGUGGACCCGUGUGGGUCCUGGGGCAGCAAGUGCUGUGUUGCCAGGAUGGACAGAUGCUAAACAUGGCACUUAAAUAUUUAUUUAAAAACUUAAAUUAUUAUUGGCAAGCAAAUCUUAGUAUCUUUCUUCCAGUAAUGUGGUCUGGCUGAGGGUCAGAUCACAGGACAGGAGCAACCUCCAGCCUUGACUCUCUGGGAAACUUGAUGGAUUAUAAAACUUCCUCCUGCUUGGCCAGGCAGCAGUGUCACUUCUGGGACCUAACCAAGGCAACAUCAAAAUCUGUUUUGCUUUGUCAAUCUGGGCUUCCAGAAUGUUGAAUUUGCCUCAAGGCCUCUUCAGUAUAGGGAAAUACCUGGAAAACUGUGAGGCCUUUACCAUGACGUUACCUUUCCAGUCUGAUACUAUUUUCACAAACAGUUUUCAAACUUCACUUCAUCUGCCAAAGCAUUAAAAAAAUAUUAAACAUAAGUCAAGAUAAAUGUUCUUACCACCAGAAUAAUCCUUAAAGAUGUAUCUUAAUUAAUCAGAAUAAACGGCUACCUUAAAUAAGA